GCCAAUACCAGGAAUCUAGACGAGCUAACUAAAACCAAAAACUAAAAAGAAAACUUCAAACUUUUCCACCAUGCCGUCCCCGUCAGAGCUCACGACGUGGUGCUCAGAAGGUAAUCUCGACGGGAUCCGCGACUUCCUAGAAAACGACUUCCCCCUUCUCCCGCCAGAAGGACGAACGGCGUACUGCGCCCACACGUCCCAACCUCAACAGGGAUCAUGCACCGACGCACCCUGUAAUGAGAAGCUCACGCAACUGGCAAUUGCCGCCGCAGAGGCCGAUCAAGUGGAAAUAUUCGCCUAUUUAUGGGACACGUAUCUUGCGAGUGACGGCGCCGGCGCGGAGAUCCCAUGGGCGGCGUUGAAAGCAGCAGCACGACACGGUUCGAUUCCGUUAGCAGAGGCCUUUUACUGUCGCGAUCCGACCUGUUUUACGAAGGCGGUUCUCAAAGCACCAAAUGGUCGGGUGCUGGGUGGUAGUCAGAUUAAAGUUGCUUUGCUGCAUGGUCACCUGAACUAUAUUGAGUUUUUGUUGGCACAUGGUGCGGAUAUCAAUGCGGAGUUUCCGGAUCAGAGUCCUGUGCGGGCGGCGGUGAGGUGCGAUGAUGAUGAUGAAACCGUCAUGAAGCGCAUUCGCUUCCUGGUUGACCGGGGCGCGUGGGUGAAAGGUUCCGGUGCUCUAACCUCGGCAGCUGGCCUAGGCAGGCUGGACGCGGUGGCUUUCUUGAUUGAAAACGGCGCAGACGCGGACGACCUCGAAGACGAAUCGACUGAGAUCAACCGGACGAACACUUCAGCUUUGCUGGCAGCAGCGGAGUCUGGUCACGAACCCAUUGUUCGCCUUCUUGUCAAGCACGGUGCUGAUGUGAGCCAUCGGGAUGAUUUAGGUCGGUCUGCUGUGGAUUUGGCCGAGAGUAACGGCCAUGCACGACUUGCGGGACUUUUACGGCAGGCAUAGUUAGUGAGGAUUGUGGAGUAUAGAGUUUCAAGCCGAGCUUAUGCGGAUGUUAUGUUGGAAUGACUGUUAGGUUAGCGAUCUACGAUGUUUAUAUGUGUGUAUACUUAGCAAGUAGUCGAAAAUUGUAGCAUUUGCCUUUUUGGAAGUUCCCUUGAUUUCAUUUGUGGAAUGUAGAUAAGUGCUCUUCUAAAGUAACGGUCAUUUAGGGGUUCAGUCAGUCCUAUCACAAAGGAUAUUAGCCUCGGAUACUGCAUACUAUGGGAUCUUGUUGAUCGGCUGCAAUUAAUUCUCUUGAUAAAACUUCGAUCUUAA